AUGUCGAGUGAAUCCAAUCCAGUGGGCAACUCUAACCACCUCGCCGCCGCUGGCCCCAACGGUGAUGCCAACUCUCGUCGUCAGUCUGCAGUGAGCCUUCCCAAGGGUGCUGCCAACACCAGCCCCGCCGCCGCCAUCAAUUUUGGCUCAGUCCAUGACCAGAACGCCAUGCUCUCCUCGUCCCCCGCUGCCCAGCCUAGCUCCGGCCAGCAUCUUCACGGCGAGAAGCCUACCGUUUUUGGCUCCGUAGCCGCUCACCACCCUCAGUCCAAGAAGACCACCAUCGGCUUCGCUGGUGCCAAGUCUGACAACUCUAAUUCCACUUCUCCUAACCCUACCCCGCCCAAGUCCAUGGACUUUCAGAAGCUUUUCCAGGCUUCCAGCUCCCCUCUGCCAUCUCAGCCAACUGCUUCCAACCCAUCUGGCCCCUCAUCCCAGUCCAGCACAGCUCCCGCCUCCACCGCACCAUCCACACCACAGCCCAACGCUAGUGCACAGAACCAAGCUGGUUCUCGUCAUGCCUCGUCCAACUUGAGGCCUCCAUCAGCUACUUCUCACCUUCCUGCUGCCAGACCUUUUGAGCCUCAACGUUCGCCUUCCGCACACCAGGCUCAGGCUUCUAGAAUCGCCUCCCACGCCCCACCACACCAGCAAUUCCAUGCUCACCCACAAGCCGGUCCUCAGCAGCCUCGCUCUCCUCACAUGGCCAACGCUGUCCCCAUGCAGCCUAUCCAGCCUAUCGGAGGUCCAUGGCAGCACCAACAGCCCAUGCCUUAUGCUCCUCAGUACGGCUACCACCCUGGUUACGCUUAUCAGCCCCUCCCUCAGCACUGGCCACAGCAACAGCAGCCCGGCUACGAGAUGCCCGGCACUCCUCGCUCCCCUCGUCAUGCCAACCUUGGAUCAUCGCCCAUCGGUCCCAACGGCCUUCCCGGAACCCCCAAUAUGGCUCCCUCCACCCCUUUGUCCGCCAGAGGUGCCAACGUGCCACCUUCCCCUUCCCCUGCUCACAGUGGCCUCACCUCGCCUACUCACCAGCCCAUCUCGCUCGGUCAGUCCCAGCCUGGUCGCCCACCAAGCUUCAGCCCUUCUGCCAGCUACGCUCACCACUCGCCUUCGCACUCUUUCAGCAAUCCCAUGAGCCCCGCCGCUCGUCAGUUUGAGCCACAACAGAAGCGACAGAACGCUGCCAUCCGUAUCGUAAACCCCGAGACGCAGGCUCCCGUCGACAUCCAGAGGAUCCAGAGGACGCCCUCCACUUCCCAAAAGUCCACCGCCCCUACUUCCGCAACCAGCUCACCCAGUAUCUCUAGGGCCUCUCCUGCCAUUGUUCAGCCUGUCCAGAGCAAGCCUGUCCGUAUGGAGACCCCCGAGGCUUUCAUGGCCCGCAUUCACGCAAACAAGGAGGAGGCUGCCAGAAAGAAGGCUGGCCAGGAGGGUGGCCCCAAAGACGCUGAUGCUGAAAAGAAGCAGAACAGCGACAAGGAUGCUGCUCCUGCUAACCAGAAGGCUGACCAAGAGGCAGCUGCCAAGAACGAGGCUCAAGAGAAGGCCGCCGCCGAACGCAAGGCUGCUGAACAAGCUCAAGCUCAAGCCAACGAGAAGGCCGAGGCUGAGAAGAAGCAACGCCAAGACAAGGAGAAGACCGAAGCCGAAGCCGAGGCUAAGGCCAAGGCUCAAGCUCAUGCUCAUGCUCAGCAGAAGGCUGAAGAGGCCAAAAAAACUGAAGAGGCCAAAAAAACUGAAGAGGCCAAAAAGGCUGAAGAGACCAAAAAGGCUGAAGAGGCCAAAAAGGCUGAAGAGGCCAAGGAGGCAGAAGAGGCCAAAAAGGCAGAAGAGGCCAAGGAGGCAGAAGAGACGGCCAAGGCCAAGGCUGACGCUGACGCUGCUGCUGCUGCUGCUGCUGCUGCCGCCGCUGCCGCAGCUACCGCCGCUGAAGCCAAGUCGUCUGCUGAGGAGGGCAAGACUAAGCCUGCUCCUAUCGACACCGAGAAGGCUUCGCUCCACCAGGAUGGCGACAAGGACGCAGCUGGUAUGCGCAGCUCGGUCGCCGACGUUGAGCGCAUGGCUCGUGAGGCUUCCUUGGUGCCUCCUUCCAGCCAGGAUGCUCCCAAGACGCCUGGCCUUCCUCAGACUCCCCGCACGCCUGGUACACCUGGUUUCGCCGGUCUUCCUGCCAAGCCUCUCAGCACCAUUGGCACGCCUUCCAACGGCAUCAAGCUCGACGGCGAAGCACUCGAGAAGAAGAAGAAGACUACUCCUGCCGCUUCUAGCGAUCCCCAAGGCGCUGCCGCCUCGCAGCACGCUCCUGCCAACAAGGCCGAGAGCUCUUCGUCCGGCGCUUCCUCUUCAUUGACCUCGGCCAAGUUCAUCGACAACUUCAACAAGGUCAGCUACCCCAACAACAUCAGCUCACCCAAGUCUGAGCUCAACGAGACUGCCGAACCAGGCAAGUUCCGUUACGACCGAGACUUCCUCUUGCAAUUCAUGAAUGUCUACACCGAAAAGCCUGCCGACCUGCCGCCAUUGGCUUCCAUCGGCAUGGAGAGCGGCGGCACGGGCGCCAGCUCUCGUCUCAACCGACGUGCCUCGGCGAUGGGCCCUCCUGCUGCUCCUAGCCGCGCUCAGGGUCUGGGAAUCAGUGGCUCUUCCAGCUUCGGCGGCAAGGGCGGCAUUGGCUCGUUCAGCCAUCCAGGCAAGACCAGCGAGGAGCGUUUCGCCGCUGCCUCGGGUCCUCGUGGUGGCGCUAUGGGUGCAUUCGGUGUCAUGGGCUCCUUCAACGCUGGAGUACGAUCCCAGCCUCUCUCGCGAACCGGCAGCGGUAGCACUGCUUUGCCUUCGCGUGACAUGAUGGGCACCGGUAUUCCUCAGGGUGGCCGAACCAAAAGCAACCGCGGCCGUCAACGUGAUCCCAACUCGAGCCGUGGUCCUCAAGUCAACCCUCCCGAGAAGGGAGGUCCCACGAUUCCUCUCGACCAGGUCGUGCCUCUGGCCAACUCGGAGAACCGAUGGAGCCGAGGUGCCUCUGUCAAGGCUGACUCGCCCGAGAUGGUGCAGCGAAAGGUCAAAGCUCUGCUCAACAAGCUCACCCUGGACAAGUUCGACUCGAUAUCCGACCAGAUCCUCGAAUGGGCCAACAAGUCCGUGUCCGAAGUUGAUGGCCGAACAUUGCGACAAGUCAUUCAGCUCAUCUUCGAAAAGGCUACCGACGAGGCUGCCUGGUCCGAGAUGUACGCUCGCCUUUGCUGCAAGCUCAUGGAGCAGGUCAGUCCCGAGGUCAAGGACGAGAGCCUUCGCACUUCCGAUGACAAGCCCGUUGUUGGUGGUAUCCUGUUCCGCAAGUACUUGCUCAACCGAUGUCAGGAGGACUUUGAGCGUGGUUGGGCUCAGCGCGACACUGCCAUCGCUGCUGCCAAGUCCAAGGAAGCUGAAGACAAGGCUAAAAAGGACAGCAACGACAAGGCCCAAGCCGAGACCAAGGCUGCCGAGGAGCGUGGUGAGAAGCCAUCAGACGCUCCCAAGGAAGCCGAGCUUUUGUCCGACGAGUACUACGAAGCUCAGAAGGCCAAGCGACGUGGUCUUGGUUUGGUUCGAUUCAUUGGUGAGCUCUUCAAGCUCGGCAUGUUGUCAGACCGUAUUAUGCAUGUCUGCAUCAGGAAGUUGCUCGCCAACGCCAUUGACCCCGAAGAGGAGGAGAUUGAGUCGCUCUGCAAGCUCAUGACCACUGUCGGUAAGCUGCUCGACAUCGAGAAAGCACGAGGACACAUGGAUAUCUACUUUGGUCGCAUGAGGAAUAUGUCCAUGAACGAGGCCACCAUCAACUCGCGUAUGCGAUUCAUGCUCGUCGAUGUCAUCGAGUUGCGAGAGUCCGGCUGGGUUCCGCGACACGACAACACUGCUCCCAAGACCAUUGCACAAAUUCACGCCGAGGCUGCCAAGCAGCAGCAGCAGCGCGACGUCGAGAACGCCGCACGUGCACGAGGCGGUCCCAUCUCCCGUGGUGGCUCCAAGCGUGGCCAAGCUCGUGGUGAUGGCCCUGAUGGCUGGAGCACCGUUGGUGGUGUUGCACCUCCACCUCGUCCCAGCAAGGCUGGUGAUCUUUCGCACUUUGGCAAGAUCGAGCGCGGCACCUCUGGGCGACCUUUGUCGUUCGGUCCCUCGACUAUGCUCGGCAGGAAGAACCCAGGCAAGGGAUCCGAGGACGGCAGCCAGCCCCCUACCCGCACCAGCUCGCAGACCAACAUGUUCUCCUUGCUUAACCAGGCUGGUGAGGGCGAAUCGGCGCCCGCUGAGGAGCCACAGCGACCUAAGCUCAACCUUCAGCCCCGUACCAAGCCUCUGCCAGGCGACGACAAGGAGGGUGAGGGUGAGGGUGAGGGUGAGGGUGAAGGCGAGGGCGAGGGCGAGGGCGAGGGCGAGGACAAAGGCAAAUCCACCGAGAUGUCGGAUGAAGAGGCCAAGCGCAAGAUCGCUAACGACAUCAAGGAGUUCCUCGAGAUCAAGGACGUCAAUGAGGGUGUCGAAGCCUUCAACGCUUUGCCAGCAUCACGACGAUCGCAGUUUGUUGACUCUAUCGUCAGUUCUGCCAUCGAGAAGAAGAAGGACGAUGUCGCCAACGUCGCUGCCUUGUUCGCCAAGCUCAACGAAGAGGGUCACCUCGACGAGGAGACUGCGGUCAAGGGCUUCGAGCCGCACAUGGAGUUCCUGGACGACGCUUCUAUCGACAUCCCCGCCAUCUACACAUUUGUCGCAGACUUGCUGGUGGGCGCCAAGGUGUCACAGGAGAAGAUUGAGGAGUUGGCAGGCAAGAUCGAGGGCGAUGGCCUAAAAACACCCAAGGACAAGCUUCUUGAAAAGGUUGCUGCUGCUCGAGGCUAA